AUGCGCAGUGGGAUGGCGCCCGGCAGGGGUUGGGUAGACGCAUGCGCGGUGCGGCCUGGUGGCCUGGAGAUGGAGGUCGGGCGGAGUGAGGUGAUUGCGACAACACCACCAAGAGCCUGUUGCAUGGAGAUGGAGGAGGAGGAGGAGGAGGAGGCUGUGAGUCAGGCCAGCAGUCCCGGCAGUGGGACCCACUUGUCUAGUGUGAGCGGCUUCUCACUGGGAGAGGCCAUCGUCCAGCGAGCAAAGCAGGGCAGUGAGCUGUGGUCCCAGCUUCCGUCAGGACCAGACACUGGAGAGCCGACUUCAGCAACGGCGACCCGUCUGCUCACGGCAGGAGCAGAGCUCUCGCAGACCCUGGAGGAGGGAACCAUCACCGAGCAACUGAGCCCGCAGAGCCAAUCCGGCCAAUUCCAAAGCCCACACAUGUUCGAGAUGCAGGAGAGUGCUUUGUCCCCUGCCCUGGCUCUGGUUACUGCCUGCUCCACACAGCUCCUGGACGGUGACCUGUCCCAGUCCUUCUUUCAUCGCUCUCCGCUGGAGUUUGCCCCUCUGAGGGCUGCUCCGGACCUGUCCGUGGGCUCGCCGGACGGAUGCGCAGGAGCGUUCCAGGCCAACAACUUGCUGCAGUUGCUGAUAUCGGAGGUUUCGGCGGACUGCGUGAGGGGCAGCCUGUCCCUGUCCCAGGAAGUGUCCCGGGACGGCAGCGAGGCCUUCCCCCUGUCCCAGCACCCCCUCAGUCCCCCGACGCCCAGCUCCGAGGACGACGACUUCACCCGCGCCGACUCCUACUUCCGCGACCAGCGCUUCAUGGAGCUCCCGUCCCGGCCCACGGGCGGCGGAGCUGGCCCCCGGCUCGGGCCCCCGCUGGGCAACGAGGGGGUGGAGGAGCCCCAGGACCCGUCCGGUGCCGAUCGGAGCAGCGGCCAGCCGGGGGACGGGGCCGUACCCGAGGGGGGCGUGCAGAGAGUUGCUGGCCUGCACGGUUGUCACACAGACGAUGGGGAGAGUUUGGAGCCCCUGUGGAACCUGGAGGAGUCUGACGGGACGGUCCCAUUCCAUGGUCAGCCAGUGGACGGGACGGUCUCACUCCGGGGUCAGCCAGUGGAUGGGACGGAUCCGCUCCAGGUUCAGCCAGCGGUCAAGACCAGCCCAGCGUCGGGUCCUGGUGCAAGCAGCCGACCUGUGUCCACGGGGUCACCAGCGUGCAGCAGCGGCCAGGCUGUGGGUCCGGGGGCGAGACCGGUGACUCCCAGCACAGAGUCCCUCACCCCCAACAGCAGCAAGAACGACACGGCCAUCGAGGUGGUGCCGGGCGGGGGCGAUGAGCGCAGCGGAGCGGGGCAUGAGUGCGGGCUGUCUCCUGCGCCCGUCCCCGCCCAGCCCAGCCGCCGCCGCUCCACGCUGGAGGAGGGCGCGGUUGAGAACGCUCCCGGUGGGCAGGGACCGGCCAGACACCAGCGGGCGCCGCUGGCCCCGGCCUUUGCCUCGCCUCCCCCUCCGGGCCGGAGCCAGUGGCCGACCUUCGACAGCCUGGUGCUGCAAGGGCUGAGGGGCGUGGCCCCCCGGCAACAAGCCUACCGUGCCGUGGCCGACUCCCUCAACCGCAUGCUGGCUCGGGCUAACGUGGGGGCAGAGGGGAGAGGGAGCCCAGAGCGAGCCUCCCCUCACCCCCCAGCAGACCUGGGGGACAGAGGGACAGCCCCCGGGGGGUCAAGCCCAGCAGUGGCGAUCCUCUCCCCCCCCGACCCCGCACCCAGCGACGGGCAGGGGCCCGAGACUGGCGGCAGCGGCUGGAGCUCCGCGCUGACCCCCCCUGGCCCGUACACGCUGACCACCGCUCAUGCCCACCAGCUGGACACCACCCCCACGGACGACGGCCUCCUCCCGCCGGGCAGCUCGCUGGACACCAGCCGGGCAGCCGAGCGCACGCUGACCAUGUCCAGCCACUCGCUGACCAGCCUGGAGGUGGACAACUACGUGCCAGCGUGGGCACCGUCAACUCUCACCCCCGAAGCCAAUCACUUCAACAUCGACGACAGGAUACAGGUGUACCUUCGCAACCUGGGCAUUAGCCAGUCUCCCAGCAGCAUCCUGGCAUCACAAGGGCCCGACCAAGACACAGAAUUCAACCAUGCUGAACUGAGGAAGUUGCCAGGGGAGGCCACGCGAGGAUAUCAGGGUGAAGAAGGCGUGUCUGCGCUGGACCGUGACUCUGGGAGCACCUUCUACUCCAACGUCCUGACCCACAGCAUCUCCAUUGGGCUGGGCUCGGAGGCAGGCAGCGAUAGUCCCCAGCCCACCCAGCCGUGGGAGGGGAGGGGGAUGGAGGCCGCUGACAGCCGCAGCCACUCUGGGUACUGUCCGGACCCCCGCGCCAGCUCCCCGCUCCCGGCCCCCGACCUCUCACUCACGGGGGACUCGCUGGAUGAGAACGGGGCGCUGACCCCUCCGGCCGGCCCGGCGGCCCACCGCUCCGGGGGCUUCUUCCCGGGGCUCGAUUCUCCCGGCCUCUCGCCCGCCGGCAGGGGAGCGGUGACUGAGCCCCCCUUGCCCAGCGCGGGGGGCUCCCCUCUCCCCCGUCACGGUGAUGACCCGUACCGGCGUGGCGAGUCCUUCGUCGGCUCGGAGACUCUGAGCGAGAUCCGGAAGCUGCUGGGGGAAGCGGCCCGGAUCUCCGCCUGGAGACCAGACCUCCGCUCGCCCACGCCCACGCCCGACUCCAGCAGGCACCGGUCGCCACUCCCGGCCGAGACUGACCACGCACGGGAUCCUGGUGGCGGCUCCCGGCCCCUCCCCGAGGGGGCCGCUCUGACCAGCCUCUUGUCCAACCCAGGCCCAGACCUGGCCCGACCCCCCCCACCCACCUCCGUGCCCCUUCCCCGACCUGGCGGGGCCUGGGCAGCAGCCAGCGGCAGCACCAAGCCCGGCAAAUCAACGGACGGCAGCAGCCGCACAGACCAACUGACCAGCCGGACAAGAGACCAGAGUCCCGUCACACUGACCAGCUACCGCUGCCCAACCACACCGGAGAUGGACCUCAGGGCACAAGGUUGGGGACGAUCUAAAGGGUCAACGUGGCCUCUGGACGCACUCUCCAUCCUCGACGAGGAAGACCGGAGGAAGAUCGAUGAAAUCAAAGCAGAACUACUUCACAACUCAAAGACUUCCACCUCCCCACAGGGAACGUGGUGGGCUGGAGCCGAGGAUUCAUCGCUGAAGUCGGACCCCUCCUCGUCUGCAGACUCCAGCUGGCCUGCCCACCCCCUGGCCAGGCUCCCGUCCCUCGGCACAGCAAGAUCCCGGCCCCAGAGCCCAGCGGGAGGGGCUGCCCUGGGAGGGUCCAUGGGGGAACUCGUGCCCGUCCCCUCCGUCUGCCAGCAGGCACAGCCCAUUGCUGCCAUCACCUUCUCCUCCCGCAGGAAACCUUGUCAUGCCAGCCUCUCGCCCUCCACUACACAAGCCGCCAGCCCCUCCGCUCCUCAAGCCUCCAGCCUCCUGCCCUCUGCUCCCCAUCCAUCCAGCGCCUCAUAUUCUGCCCCCCUCCCCUCCAGUGCCCUGUCCUCCACUUCCCUCCCCACCAGCCUCCCACCCUCUGCUCCCCUCCCCGCGCCCCCUCCUGUGGACGCCGCCCCCGCCCACGGCUCCCCCGAGGCCGGGCUCGGAGGGGAGGAGGGGUGGUGGCCGCGGGGUGACCCGUGGGCAGCGGGCAAGUCCCAUCGGGUGGGAGGGGGCCCAGCAGAGUCCUGCUCCCCCCCCCUCCCCCCCCGCCGGAACCUGAUGUCUCACGUCAGGGUCACCCUGUCCCCCAACCGGCCCGACACCCUGGGCACCCCUCCCUCGCCCCCGGGGAUGUCCCGGCUCACGGGCACAGAUGCAGAGUGGACGGGUCUGGUCUCCGGACGGCACCCCUCACCGUCACCUCCCCACCCCUCCUCUGCCCCUGCAGCGGCCCACACCGGCCCACCUUACCCCCCCCUGCCAAUGCCCGUGCCGGCAUUCUGCCCCUCCCUCCCCCUCUUGUUCGAGCGCCCCUCGGAAGGUCCGUCCGCAGAGGCCGGGCAGACCCUCGGUCGGGACGCGGCGGGACAGCGGGUUGCUGCGGUGAAGGACGGCAGCAAGGUGGACGUGUCCACACAGACGUCGGGGCUCGGCCAGUCGCCACCACCACCGGCACAGUGCCACGACUCCACCGAGGGAACAGCGCCGGAAACCACGGGAACCACCACCGUCUCUGGCCAUGCCGGACACACAGAUGUUCCCCUGAUGUUGCCCUACAAACCGGCGGGCAGCUCGGAGCUGUUCUACGUCGCCAAUGCAGGGAUGAGGAGGUGUAGGAUUGGCCUCGGGGACUCGGAGAACAGCAGUGAUGUCUGCAGGACAGAUCCGCUUGAGGCCGCUCGUGAUGCCGUGCCGUCCCACGCUGGCCGCUCCAGGGGCUACUGCUCGCUGAGGGCAAGAGGGGAGCGUGGAGAGAGUGGGCCGGCAACAACCUCGUACCUGACCAGGGGUACGGAGGACAGAGGUGCCAGACGUCCCCGGACCCACCCCACCCACCGUGCUGCCGUCUCCGUGCCCCUGCUGACCAGAGACCCCGGGGGUGAGGGCUCUCCCCCCAGGGCUGGGGCGUCUCCCCCCGGGGGUGAGGGCUCAGCCUCAGCCUCGCGCUGGCCCCCCGCAGCCUGGGGUGGGGGUGGGAGUGGGCAGUCGAGGGCAGGCCUGGCCGGGGGAGGUGGGGGCGGCAGGGUUGUCGUACAAGGAACGGGCGAAAGGCGGCGGCGAGGAGAGGGCUUGCAGGGCCUGGGGGGGAGAGGGCCGGGGGAGAGGAGGGGCUGA